GCGCCAGCCGGCCUGGUAGUGUCGUGCGAGAAGAGCUAGAAGGCACAUACGACGUGAGCCAUACCAUCCACAGCACAACCGAUGCCAGUUCUGGCAGUUGCUUUGUGUACGAGAGAGGAAAGGAACAGCAGCCGGUCCGUAGUCGUCGUUGCAUAGAAUUAUAAUAACCGUUGCUGUAUUAGGUUUUUGUGCGUGAGACGUUGUCAUAUUUUUAUCGUACAUGUCGUUGGUUUGUGUGCGCGACGUUAUUGCGUUGAGAACAGUGUACGAUCAUAAAUUACACGUCGUCCGGCUAAGCGAAUAAUAACAUCGAGUGUCGGUCAGCUCCGAAACAUCCGAGUAAACAUCAACGCCGCUCUCCGGGACAACAAUUUUGUGACGCAAAUCAUUGUCGUCCCACAUAGAUUGUAAAAACACAUUUUUUUGAAAUUAUUAUCGGACCAGCUGGUUGGUGUACCUGAUACACUCAAUCCCACCGACGCCGCUGACGUUAUCUCAUAUCCGAGAAUAAAUAUUGUCGGCCGAGAAAACCCGGUGCCGAUAAAAUAAUUAUACCAAAAAAAUCCGUUCAAUUUAGUCAAAAGGCGAACUACGCAACACUUGCAUUAUUCGUCGGCGGAUUCAAAUGCUGUGAUAUUAAAAUAAUUUUGUAUGAUAUCGAUAGAAUAUUUUAGUUAGCAAUUAUAAAAAAGUUUUCUACGUCGUCCGAGAGCCGUCAACUACCUCAUUAGAGUAUUGAAUAUUGUAUAUUUAUUAUUACCUUUUGUUAAAUUUUUAAUUUAUAACGAUUCGCUCAUCGAAAAUGGUUGAGAGUAUCAUCGAAGAAACGCCCGGGCAGACUGAAAGUACCCAAAAUGACCCGGUCCAGACUAAAUCCGAGUCUCUGUCUCUACGUAAAGAAGAAGCUCGAAAUAAAAGAAAGAAAAAGAAAACUACCAAUAGUUUGGUCACCUCAUGUUUCCAAGAUGCAUACAGAUUAACUGGAGAGGUCUUAGGUCAAGGAGCUUAUGCAUCUGUUCAAACAUGUGUAAGUGUGUUGACUGGACUAGAGUUUGCUGUGAAAGUAAUUGAUAAAAUAGCUGAACAUGCAAGGGCUCGUGUAUUUCGUGAAGUUGAAACUUUCUAUCAUUGUCAAGGUCAUCCAAACAUAAUUCAGAUGCUUGAAUUUUUUGAAGCUGAUGAUAAGUUUUACAUGGUAUUUGAAAAAGUAAGGGGUGGUCAACUCUUGGAUAGGAUUCAACAACGUAGGCGAUUCACUGAACGUGAAGCUAGUUUGAUUGUCAAAGAUUUGGCCAGCGCUUUGAACUUUCUUCAUCAAAAAGGAGUUGCCCAUCGUGAUUUAAAACCAGAAAACAUCUUAUGUGUUGAUCCUAUUGAAUUAACACCUGUAAAAUUAUGUGAUUUUGACCUUGGAUCUGGUAUUAAAUUGAAUCCAGUUGAUGGUAGUGCAACACCUCAGCUAUUAACACCAGUUGGAAGUGCUGAUUUCAUGGCCCCAGAAGUGGUGGAUGCUUUUGUUGGAAGUCCAGAUUCAAACUAUCAUUAUUAUGAUAAACGUUGUGAUUUAUGGUCUCUUGGAGUAGUUAUGUAUAUAUUACUCUGUGGUUAUCCACCAUUUUAUGGCAAUUGUGGUUCAAAUUGUGGAUGGGAAUCUGGAAAUGCAUGUCCAGAAUGUCAAGGCUUAUUGUUUAUUAGUAUUCAUGAAGGCCGAUAUGAAUUUCCCGACCGUGAAUGGGCAGAUAUUUCUUUUGAAGCUAAAGAUUUAAUCAGUAAAUUACUUGUUAAAGAGGCUAGUGCUCGGCCAAGUGCUGCUGAAGUGUUGAAUCAUCCUUGGGUAAAUAGACCUCAACAAGAAAAACCUAAAAAAGAUCGUGAACUUAGCACACCUGGUGUUAUUAGACGUAAUAACAGUGCACGUGCUUUAUCGUCAUUUGCUGAGUCUGCUAUGUCGGCCAACAGAGUUUUUCUGCAACACUUUAGUUUGUUUUCAUCACCAGAUAAAUCUCAUGAAGUUAAAAGACUCUCACCACCUUCGCAUUCCAUGAUAGUUCAGCGUAGAUCACUUGGAAAGCCACAAUGUUCUAAUGAAACUCCUACAACUCGGCCACCAGUUCCGUUGCCAAUUAUCGCAUCUCCUAGCGGCUAGAUUAUUAAUUGACCCAAACUAUAAAACCUCCAUUUUUUAUAUUUAUUAAAAUUGUUAUCAAACAAAAGUUACAAAAAUACUACCAAUCAAUAAUAUAUCAAUUUUGACAAUUUUUUUUUUGUUUUUAACUACAUAGUUCUAAAUAUUUUUUUUUAGACUCCAAAAUUUUUGCAAUAAAUGUUAUAAAAGAAUAACUGUUAAGUUAUAUAUAUUAAAUUAUAAAAUGUUAAUAAUUAAUUUAAUACAGACAUAUUUUUGUACUUUGAAAAAGCUCAGUCUUCAAAAAUUGUAAUAAAAAUUUGUGAUAAUUCCAAUGUUUUGGCAACAUUAUAAUAUGUUACAUAAUGGUGCCAUUAUUUAACUUGUAGGCUUUUUGGGUAUGGUUAAGAAUCAAGUUUUGUUAAAAUGUAUUUUUUUAUUUAUUAAAAUUUUUUAUAAACCCAACAAGGUACCUUCAUGAUGAGACAUAGGUCUAAUCAUAGUAGCUUCAAACAUUAAUUGUAAUUAAACCAAAACUAUUGUCAUAGUAUAUUAGGUCAUUAGGUGCCAUUUUUAAUGUUAUAUAUGGUAUGGAUAAAAAAAGGCUGUCUUGAAUAUAAUUUAAGUUACAAACCUGUGUAUUUUAUAUAAAAUAAUAUGAAAUGUUUUAUAAAUAAAAGUAUUUAUACAAGCAAUGCACGUUACAACUAUUGUUAUUGAGAAAUUACAUUUUGUUUUUUUUAAUAUGUAUUGAAUAAUAAAUAUUUUUGAAAAAAACUUGACUUAAAUUAA